AUGGCGUGGGACUCGGUGGUUGCGCUCGUGAAGCGCAUUAGAGUCCCCAUCACCGCGUCCACCACCCAGGCGCAAAUCGAGGCGAUGGCCGCAGCUCCCUUCGCCAAAUCGGGCAAAUUCGGUCUCGCCUGGGUCUACUUUGCGGUCGUUCUUCUCCUCGUCGCCACCGCCGUGCGCUGGUAUCACACCUGGGGUGAUAAGACCCGGAUUGCCAUGUAUCGGAAGGGUCCCGGGUGGCAGCAGAGUACCUCGCCGGUCAAUGCUACCGAGGAGUAUGAGCUGCCCAGUGCGACUACCGAGAGAUCGACCGCCCACCUCUUCCCACAGCCAUAUACAUCUUCGUCGUCGUCGUUGACUGCCACAGGGGCCAAGACGGGACAAUCGUCGGUGUCAACGAUUGCGCCUCUGAACAAUACGAUUGCGUUCCUGCGGUGGAUCUUCUAUCGCCCUAUCCCCGUCCUGCGCAUCUGGCGAUUCUGCAUUGUGUUUCCAUCGCUGGGGACCAUCGCCAUUGUUCUGGCAUCCUUCCUGUUCUGCCUGCUCUUCUGUUUUGUGCCCCAACCGCUGUACUUCGAGUCGAUCUCGUGGGGGUCCCCGCCGCUGGCCAUCCGUGCCGGCAUGAUCGCCACCUCGCUGGUGCCCUGGGUUUUCCUGCUGGGUCUCAAGGCCAAUUUCAUCACUUACCUGACCGGCAUCGACCACGAACGACUCAAUGUCCUGCACCGCUGGGCGGCGUACGUCUGUCUGUUCAUGGCCCUCGUCCACACCCUCCCCUUCUACAUCACCCCGAUCUGGAACGAUGGCGCCGAGGUCAACUACCAGAAGUUCGUGGGGCAGAACAUAUAUGUCUACGGCACGGGGCUCGCGGCACUGGUCCCCUUGGCCUUCCUGUGUCUUCAUUCCCUGCCGGUGCUGCGCGAGAAGCUGUACGAGCUCUUUGUUUUCAUGCAUCUGCCGGCCUCGCUCAUCUUCUUGGCCCUGCUGUUCUGGCACUCCAAGAACUACCUGGCCUCCUGGGGUUAUCUGUGGGCUACCCUGGCCUGCUGGCUGGUCUCGAGCAUCAUCCGCCUGUUCUACCUCAACUGGACCAACCCGUUCCGCAUCUCGUUCCUGAUCGGCGAGGAAUCCGCCGUCACGCUGCUCCCCGAGAACGCCGUCAAGGUCACCGUGCCCACGCGGAUGCGGUGGCGACCGGGCCAGUACGUCUACCUCCGCAUGCCAGGCAUCUCGCUCCUAGGCAACCAUCCCUUCACGAUUGCCUCGCUGUGCAGCGACGAUUUCCCCUCCGAGUACGGCGAGAAGUACCGCGACCUGACGCUCGUGUUCCGCCCCUUUGGCGGCUUCACGCGCCAGGUGUUGAAAAAGGCCCUCAAGCACGGGCCGUACCGGACCUACACGGCCUUCCUCGAGGGGCCCUACGGGGGCAUGCAGCGCGAGCUGGCCGCGUUUGACGACGUCAUCUUCUUCGCCGGCGGGAGCGGCAUCACCGCCAUCGCCGGCCAGCUGCUCUACCUGAUCAAACGGAUGCGCGACGGCAAGGCCGUGACGAGGCGCGUGCGCGUGAUCUGGGCGCUCAAGAGCCCCGAGACCAUGGAAUGGUUCAAGGAGGAGCUCCGCAUCUGCCGCGACUACGCGCCCCUCAACUCCGUGCACUGCCAUUUCUACAUCACCGGCGGCCGCGAGACCAACGACCCGCUGCAGGAACAGCACCAGCGCGACCUCAUCCAGGAGAAGAUCAACAACAUCCUCUCCGGGAUCGACAAGCGUAGCUCCGCGUUCAUCAGGCAGGAGGCCGCGGGUGACCAGGAGCGCGAAAAGGAGCUCCGCCGUGAAAACGAGGACGGCCUCGCCCCUUUGCCUCAGGCGUACAUGGCUCCAAGAUAUGGCCCGCAGCAACAACAACAACAACAACAACAACAAGAGCAAGACACCACCCCCCGGUUCGCCUCGCUGUCUACUCUGCGCCGCGACGGCUGGCGCACAGAUUAUACUCGGCCAGACAUCCCCCGGAUUCUAACCGAGUACUCGCAGUCGUUUGGGCGUCGGACAUGCGUGUACAUCUGCGGGCCGCCGGCGAUGCGGGUGGCGGCGACCAAGACGGUGGCCUCGCUGCAGCGGCUGGUCAUGACGAACCCGGCUGUGGACGAGAUUUUCCUCCAUGCCGAGAAUUACAAUAUCUAG